CGCCCCCCCUCCCCCGAGCUCCCUCCCUUUUCCGCCUCUUUCCUUGUCCCUCCCUCUCUUUGCCCUUUUGCCAUGAGCCACCAGCCGCUGGCAUGGUCCAACCACAUGGGCGGUCCACCGCCUCCGGGGGCAGAUUCGGCGGGCUUCGUCUCCACCCACUACGGUGGCCAGCCCCCCGGCCCCCCUUCGCACCACGCCUCCCCGUAUCAGCACACCCCCCAAGCAUUUUACCACCCCUCUCCGAGCGGCAGCGACAGCGGCAGCAGCAGCAGCAGCAGCAGCAGCCUCGCCCCGGGGUACUCUGUCCAGCAUUCGCCGGCCCCCCAGUGGGCCCAGCCCAUUGCCCCCUACGUUGGCCAUAUCCCUCCGGCCGGCCAGCCGGCGCAGGCCCCCUCCACGUAUGGCCCUCCCCCGACCGGCCAUGAGUCUCGGCAGUAUGGCGGGGCCCCCGGUGCCGCCGAUCCAUCGGGGCCGCACUCGCAGGCCCCGCACUACCCGCACUAUUCGCAGCAGUACCAGCCCCCGCCUCCCCAUGUCCCCGCCUAUCAGGUGCCCCCGAGCCAGGCCUCCCCGUCGACUUCGCCCUCGGGAUCUUCCGUCUCGCUGAGCCGCGGGGGUUUCUCCGGUCCCGGCACCCCGGGCCACCCCCAGCAGCAUCCACCCUCGCACCAGCAGCACCCACCCUCGCACCAGCAGCACCACCUGCCCCCUUCCGGGCCCUCGCCAGCCGGAACACCGCGCGUGCAAUCCCCGAGCAUGGGAGCCGGGAGCAGCCGGGCGCCCGUGCCCGCUCGGCAGCCGACCAUCCUGCCGCUGGCGGAGUUCCUCUGGGUGCCAGAUCGCGGUCUGCUUAACCAUUCGCAGGAAAACAACUGCUUCUUCAAUGUGGUCAUGCAGAUGCUCCUUCAUAGCCCGGUGUUCCUGGCCUUCUUCUUCGCCACGCCGAAGCACUCGCCCUUCGACUGCCCGGGUGUGUGUGAGGCUGCCGCCCGGCGCCCCUACCGCGAGGACCCGCCCGGCUUCUGUUUCUUCUGCGCCCUUUUCGACUUUGUCCAUGCCUUCCUUGAUCCCGAGGCCCAGAGCCCCGCUUGCCCCGGUCCCAUCCGGACUUUCUUCGACAGUCCGGCCACCGGAGCGCGCGCCAAGCGGGCGACCAUCUUCGAAGCCGGCAAGCAGCACGACCCGGCCGAGAUCCUGGAGGCCAUCUUUCGAGAGCUCCAUUGGUGUGCUCAAGCAUGGGCUGUCCGCCGGAAAAUGGGCGAGUCCGGCCACAGUGGGCCCCCGAGUCACCUUCCGACAUCCGGAGGGGCCGACGGCGACGCUGGCGCCCCGGGGCUGGGGCCGAUGUCCCACCCCACCGACUCCGGCCGGCAGCUGGACCUAUCAAUCAAGGGGCUCUGCACGCAGACCGCCUGCUUGCCAGACCAUCCACCCGGUAACACUUUUUCGCUGCUCCCCUCGUCACCCGGCCUGGCCUCCGCCAGCGGCUCCGAGGACCACCUGAUCCCCCGGUUCAUGAACAUGGUGCCGAAGUUCUUCAACACCGGCGACAUGUUCCAUGACAGCAGCAGCCACGACUAUGUCCUCGUCGGGAUCAUCUGCCUCUAUCGCAACCAUUACACCUCUUUCCACUUCUCGCGCGCCGUCAAUCGGUGGAGGCACUUCGAUGAUGGAGCCAUCGCCACGCUGGACUCGAGUUUCCAAAGCGUGUCCGAUCGAAUCCAGGGCGGCUGCCACCUCCCGCGGAUGUUGGUCUACGAACGGGGCACCUGCGCCUGAGUGUCCCUCCCUCUCUCGCCGCCCGCCUCGGCGUCGGCGCGCACGAUCGCACCCGCGCCCUCGCCAGCGGUCGACAUCGGGCGGCACCCUCAAUAGAACAAAGACU